UAAUUAUUAUUUUCCACCGACCGUCGCCGUUCCUCUCCUCUUAGGUAUACGAUUUCGAAAUGAAACUACUGCAUCGAUCUCACUAUUUAGGUUAGGUCACCAAGAACAAGUUGAAGGAGCCAGCCGCUUUAGACUGGCAUCCAACAAGAAUCGUCCAAAAAGAAUGGUCCAAAACGCAUUGCCAAUUAAAGAAAGAAGAGCUGCUCCUGCGCGUGCCUGCAGUUUCUUCUUCUUCUUCUUGCCUUUUCACGAGAACGGUCAGAUUAACUAAUACUAUAUUACCAGUCCAUUACGGAGAAAUGAGAAUGCAAUGCAGAGCAUGGAGGAAGAUAUGGUGUAGAUGCUGCAGAUCGCGCUGGCUUCCGUGGCGAAGGCUCCCGAGAUGCGGCCCGCCAUGGAUGAAGUGGUGAGGUUGAUUGAGGAAAUUGUUCGACCCAAUGGCGCCGCCGUUGAGAGGAAGAGUGAGAGCGAAAACACCAACGGCGAUGACAACAAUAGGAGGUCGUCUUCCGAGGUUGAGAGGAAGCCUCCGUCCAAUGUGUCGACGCCGUCGAUUGAGUGAUCUUCGAAGGAAGGAAAUGUGUAGUUGUAUGAUUUUGGAUUUCUUAUUGUAUGAUCAAUGUUUGGCGAGAGGUGGAAAAUUCCCGAUUUCUUCUGUUCAUUAUUACUAAGCUCCGAACUCCCCCCAAAUCGAGGUUUUCUUCCUCUGUUUCUUCCCCCGAAAUGAAGCAUGUGAUUAUUCCUUCAAUUAAGAAGCCAUCAUCGGAGCCUCCGACUCGACGGCCGCCACCGCCGCAUGAGAGUGGAGCUCAGCCCAACGAGUAGCCAAGUUGGUAUCACUCCAAAAACCGAAAUUCUCGGGGCCACUACCGCCGCCGAAUAUGGCACUCCUUCGAUCGUUAAACAACUACGCGCCCAACGAAGCCACCGCUCCACCACCUCCUCCUCCGCCACCACCUACUUCUCCUCCACCACGCGGGGCUUUGCCGGCCGGGAGAGGUCGUCGACCUGAGGGGAGAGGAACGGCUACGGGCGGUGGAAAAUAACAAUUAAAAGGAAUUAGGUUUUAUUUUUAUUUUUAUAAUAAUUAGGUGGAAAAUAAAAAAUAAUUAAAUUAAAUUAUUUUAUUAAUUUUUUAAUCGCCACGUCACUCAUUUAACGGUCAACUAUAAGAGUUGACCGCCACAUCAGCAAAAGUUAACGGAGACUAACGGCCAGUGACCAAACUUGGACUGUUAACCUAAUUUAAGUGACUAUAAAUGGAAUAAAUUAAU